AAUAAUAAUAAAGGACGUUACCGUAUACAUUUUCACAAACCAAGGUCGUUAUAUAGACCUCCUUGACUCAAGUUAGAGAAAGGGUGCGUAUUAUGCACAAGGUUUGGGUUUUUCAGAGGUACAGCUCCCUAAAAAUCCCCUGCGUAUUAUACUCAAGGGGGGACUAUACUCGAGGAUUUACGGCAUAUAUAUAUAUAAUUGGAAUUUACAAAUGUACGACGAAUACAGAUUUGUCAGUAUCUGAAAUUACAGAAGAAAUACUGAAGAAAUGUGGUGGAUAUAGUUUAUUUCAAAAGAUACUUACUAUUUAUGUUGUAAUCUUUGUAACAUGUCACUCUCAAGCUAUUUUAACGAUGGUAUUUAUAAGAGAAAGUGUUCCGUUUGCUUGUUAUCCUUCAAAUUUCAAUGAAUCUUUGAUUCCACCAAAUAUCACUUUGGAUGAAUUCUUAAACAAGGCAGCUGUCGAAGAAGAGAAAUGCUCUGUGUAUAACCUGGAUACUAAAGAAGGAUUUUAUAUCCUUCCCACCAGUAAUUCUACAAAGGAACCGUGUAAUAAUGGUCGAAAGUUCUACUCUGACCAUCUGUCAUCUAUUGUCUCUGAGUUCGAUUUGGUUUGCGAAAGAGAAUGGUUGAAAAACAUUGCGGUGUCAGCAAUGUUUGCAGGAUUUCUGGUUGGAAAUAUACUUUUUGGUACACUUUCAGACGCAUUCGGCCGAUAUAAGAUUUUCUGUGUUGCGGAUCUAUUGAAUAUAUUUUGUCGUUUUGUCAAAAUAUACUCACCAAAUUACACUGUCUUUUGCAUUAUCUACAUUAUUGAAGGUUUCGGAAUUGCUGGCACGUAUAUAGUUUUAUUCACCAUCUUGCAAGAAUGUGUCGCCCAAAACUACAGAAUGCGUUUGAAUUACCUUAUGCAUGGAACCUUCGGUUUUGGAGCAAUGAUUCUAGCUGGUGUGGCAUAUGUAUUUCCAAAAUGGCAACACCUGCUAUAUGCUUCAGUUAUUCCACCAGCGUUGGUUGUCAUUGUAGCAUUGAAAUUCCUUCCUGAGUCUCCAAGAUGGCUUCUUAAUAAAGGGAAAUUUACUGAAGCUGAAAAGUCAUUUGAGAAGAUAGCUAAAACAAAUAGGAAAAACGCUGCGAUUGCGGUAAAACUUAUUCAGAAACUUCAAACAGAAAGGAAAUCCAAAUUGCAGGCCGAGAUUGACGAAAAUAUGAAACUUGGAAGCAAGAAAAUACAUAAGACGUACACAGCAAUUGAUUUGUUAAAAAAACCUCGAAGAGCGAUGAUUUCCGUGAACAUUUGGUUUAACUGGUUGAUCAACAGUAUGAUUUAUUACGGCGUGACUCUAAAUUCUGUUGAUAUGUCUGGCAAUCGCUACGUAAAUUUCUUGGUGAUGUCAGCAGUAGAAAUUCCAGCGAAUAUUCUUGGAUGUAUAAGCUUUAAAUGGUUUGGACAUCGUAAGCCGCUUUGUUUCUUCAUGGUUUUUGGUGGAAUUAACUGUAUUGUCUCAAACUUUGUACCAAAAGGAAACUUUUGGUUUCCACUGAUAUUAGCUGUUCUUGGGAAGCUGGGUGCAACGGCAUCAUUUGAUGGUGUUUAUCUGACAACAGCAGAAAUAUUUCCAACAUCAGUACGCAACGGUGGCAUGGGAACGGCUUCCUCAUUUGCUCGAUUUGGUGGUCUCAUUUCAGCACCGAUGCUUGGACUUUCUGUAUACGGUUCUUGGAUACCGCUAAGCAUCUUUGGAGUCUUCGGAAUUGUUGCUGGUUUGCUGGUCCUUUUACUUCCUGAAACGAAGGAUGCUUGUUUACUUCAAACACUUGAAGACAUGGACAAUUUGUAGAUUUGUAGAAAAGCAGAAUUUUUGAGUUUAAUGUAAACAAACGUGAAAUGUCGAAACAUUUAAAAUCACAUUUACGUCAAUAUGUUGCUUUAGUUUAGAUAUUUGCUAAUUAUUCAUUACAUUUAUUUUUUAUUAUUACAAGUGUACAAAUCUCAGACUUUCAAUGCGGGGAUAAAAUUUGCGACGAUCUAACUGGUGACAUCGGGAAGCGAUUAAGUGCUGUAAUGGAAUCCUCUCGAAUGGAACGGGCAUCAAAACAGUGGAACAUACGAACUCGAUUUAAUUUUUGGUCUCAAAUAAUUUCAAUGUGAUAAAUUACGUGUGUUUCAAUGUUGAGUAUAUCUCCAAAAUAUUUUACUCUCUGUUAGUCGUUAGUUUCAUGCUAACGAAGGUAAUUGUUUACUAGUAUUGUUGUUGUUCGUGGUGGUGGUGGUUGUGGUGGUGGUGGUUGUGGUGGUGGUGGUGGUGGUGUUUAUUUUGACCGCCGGACAUUAUAUCCUGCAGUAAUUUGUCUAACUGAUUUACGGUCUCAGUCCUAUUUAUUCCUAGGUCAUCUCUCGCUUUCGUCUUUUCGUGAUCGAUAAAAUAAAAUACCAGCCAACCAAGAACUGGGUUUAAUGCGAAA